AUGGUCGAGACGGGUGCUGAGGCGAGUGGUGUCGAUGUUGUCCCAAAGCCCGCGCGGCUGCGACAAAAACGCGCGGCCAGGGCCUGUGACUAUUGUCGCGAGAAACGGCUCAAGUGCACGCCGAGUGCAAGGCCUUGUUUCAAUUGUCAACUCUACUCUGCCCAAUGUCUGGAUUCGAGGCCGCCGAGGGCGCGCACCUCCGAACCCAAUCGGACUCUAAAGAAACGAAGUAGAAAGACCGCUGCAUCCUCGACAAACCCUCCGACAGCAGAAUCUGCUGAAGUGCUCGAAGACGCUUCGGCUGGCCUCACAGAUGAGAUGGAUCUCUCAACCAGUAAGCAAAACUAUCCUGUACCGAGCCUGGAUAUUCAUUCCAACGAUCAGCCAGUGCAAGGCAGUAUGCCUCAGAUUCUUGAUACUUUUAGUAACAUGGAUUUCACCCCAUCCCUUUCCUUCUGGGACUCCUCGCUCCCGUCCAAUGAUACUAUUUUCUUUGGGGGAGACAUUGACGUCUCUGCGCCACUGCUCCCGUCCUCGCUCCUCUUGGAUCAUUCGGGGUUGGGACCGAACCCUCUAUCAUAUCCACCAAAUGCGCCGGAGGCGUUGCAAAGCUAUGCGAAUGUCCCGGGUUCCAUCAGCUCGGCAACAUAUUCACAAGAUGGGAAGGUCUCUGGCGUACAGGCUCUUCACCAGAAUGCAGCUCCGGAUGUCGGCAAGGAUCGAAUUCUACCUGGACUUUUCAUUCGGAAUGACGCCUUAACGAGUCAUUUCAUCGGUUUGAAUUCGACAGGCGCAACGUUGGCCCUCAGCAUUCGGGAGGCUUUGGAAUUUUCGGGUCCAGGAUCAAUGUCGACCACCUUCGACUGGUUAAUCGAGACUGGGAAACAUGUUGACGAGGCUGGUGUUCGUACCUACUGGAAUUUCUCCACUGCAGAACUUCCUUCUCAGGAGGUUGCUGCAACAAGCAUCGAAGCUUAUCUGAAAAAUGCACAUGUCUUCUAUCCCAUUAUAAACUGGAAAGAAUUUGAGGAAAUGUGGCCCCUCGUGUAUGACCCGAAUGUGCCGGCCCGAGACGUGCUUGAUGUCUCAUGUUUUUUCCUCGUUGUGGCAAUCGGGAUAUUGUGUCAUGCUACGCUGCCGAACAGUUCUGAAGCGAUGCGACGGGCGGGAGUGUUCUACCAGCAAGCCUGGAACAUGCUGGGUGAUGCCAUGGUGGCGCCCCGCAUAAAGUCUGUUCAGGUCCUCUUGCUGCAUGUUAUCUACCUUUCCUUCCAGGGAAAGGGAGGCAUAGCCUGGAGCAUGUGUGGCUCUGCCAUUCGACAUGCACAGUGUAUUGGCUUGCACAGGCGAAGCCCUCAGGACCUUGACUUGACCAAAGAGCAAGUCACCUUGAGAUCACGGCUGUGGUGGGUUGCAUUCACUUUCGAUGCACAUUUAUCAAUGACGCAAGGACGACCAACCGCCCUGACGGAGUCGACAUACGAUGUCGAGUUACCCACAGUCGAUCCCAGUUCGUCCAAAUGUGAUGAUGAGACGACCAUGUUUGCUCAAAUUUACCUUUGGAAGGUAAAGUUGGGCCUUGUUCAAAACCGCCUGUGUGCGCUGAUCAAUCGCCAUGAAUCUGUCGAAGCCAGACUCGACGCUUUGACUGAUAUUGACCAAGAAGCAACGACUUGGCGCGAUGAGAUUCCAGUCGAAUUUCGACCCGAGCAAGAAAUUCUAGUCUCCCCUGACUUACACCAGGUGGUUGCUCUGCUCCAUCUUGAGUACUACAACAUGAUUCGCGCCAUCCAUUUUGCCGCCUUGACUUCGAUCCCAGCUCAUAAAGUCGGGAACGGGUCCUAUUUGAGUCCACGCAUGAAGUCAAGCCAGAUGGUUUGCCUGGCCGCCGCUCGCUCAUUCAUAAAGACCCUCAACAACAUGACCGACGAUCAGGGGCAGAAGAGGAUAUUUCCAAUUAUGCACACCACGGACUACUACAUGACGAUGCUCGCCGAGCUCUUCAGAAACACAUUUCAUUGCCCCCAUCGACUAUCAGCAAAGGCAGACCUCGAGCAUUUCCGAGCUGGGAAAAUACAUUUCGAGAACGACGUGCCGGAGCCAUUAGUCAGCACGCCUUUAAAGCUACUGUUUGACAAAAUGCUGAAGUCGCUCGAGCAACGGGUCUACGGAAGUUCCACAUGA